CACACUGCUUCUUCCAAUUGAGCCGACAGCCCUUGCUUGUAUAUCGGUGUGGUAGAUCGCUCGAACCGGUCGGGCGUCCCAGUGUGUGGCUUCCGGAGUUCCGCCGGCGGGCGUCAAGAAAAGCGAAUCGCUCGGCCUCGGGCAGAACUACCAGUUGCCGGCGCAUGGACUGACGGCGGUGCCCGUCGACGAACGUGCUCUCGCGAAUACGGAUAGCAUGGCUUCAGGGAGGACCAUGAAGCCAGCGAGCCUCUGCGCCUCUGCCUUUAUGGUGGUGCUCCUAAUCCUGUACCUGACCGCUGUCAGGUACGUCAGAGGACAGACAGCUGGUGAAGAGUACAAAUACUAUAACCACGACGAAAUGACGGCUUUCCUCAAGAACGUUAGUAGGAAUUACCCGGACUUCACGCGGCUCUACAGCGCUGGGAAGUCCGUGCAAGGUCGCGACCUCUGGGUUCUGCUUGUCACGCAUCGACCUGACGAGGACAGUCUGCUGAAGCCCAGCGUGAAAUACGUGGCCAACAUGCACGGCAAUGAGGCAGUAGGUCGACAGUUGAUGGUGUACCUAAUUGCCCACCUACUAACGCGCUACCACGUGGACCCCUAUAUCCGAUACCUGCUAGAUAACACGCGGAUACACAUCAUGCCCAGUAUGAACCCCGAUGGCUACGAGAUCUCCAAGGAAGGUGCCUGCACCGGUACGGUCGGCAGGUACAAUGCGCGGGGCGUUGAUCUCAACCGCAACUUUCCCGAUCACUUCAAGAAACAGACGAAGGAGGAGCAACCCGAGACUGCGGCUGUACGCAAGUGGAUCCACCAGAUCCCGUUUGUGCUGUCCGGCAAUCUUCACGGAGGGGCCGUCGUAGCGUCGUACCCGUAUGACAAUUCUCCCAACGCAGUGUACUACUCGUACAGCAAAGCAUCAGUCACACCGGACGACGACGUAUUCCAGCACCUUGCCAGAGUUUACUCAUUCAAUCACGCUUACAUGUACCUUGGAACACCGUGCUCUUCGGAUCGGCAGUCAUUUACCAAUGGAACGACAAACGGGGCUGCCUGGUAUCCCCUUGCCGGUGGUAUGCAGGACUACAAUUACAUCUGGGAGGGCUGCAUGGAAGUGACAUUCGAAAUUUCCUGCUGCAAAUUCCCUCCAAAGCACGAACUCCUCCGUUUCUGGGACGACAACCGCAAGUCACUCCUCGCUUUCAUCGGAGAAGUUCACAAGGGCGUUCGAGGCAUCGUGCAAGACGAAAACGCCAAUCCUGUUCCAAAAGCAUUCCUCAAGAUUAAUGGGCGCCACAUUGGCUUCCGAACAACAUCCAAGGGUGAAUACUGGCGCGUCUUGAGGCCUGGCCGUUACACCAUUGAGGUAACAGCACCGGGCUACCACACAGCGAGGCAGGACUUUGUUGUGCUCGAUAAGCAGAUCGCUGUCCUCAAUGUCACGAUGAAGUCCCUGUACAACCCACCGGAGACGACAUUCCCACUUCCAACGACGUCCCACCAUCACGGUCUCACUACGACUACGGUAGCACCUCCGGUCAGUAGCACGACUGAAGCGCCGAAGCACGAGGCGCCAAAGUCGCAAUUAUUCAAUUCUGAAACGCAAAAUUAUCAAGGGCCGGGCCCUUACGUGCCAAAAGCCGAACUAACAAAGUCUGACGUGCCUAAGGUUGAUGUCGCAAAGCAUUUAACGCAAGUAACUAACACACAGUACUUCGUAACGCCAACGUCUGAGACACCUAGAGGGCGGCCUCAGUCUGUGACGACAACUGAGGUUCCGAAACGUGACACCUUAGUGACACCAAAGCCAAUCACAUUCUACACUCACCCUCCAAUAUCAUUCAGGACACCUGACAAAGUGCAGACUCAGUCACCAACAACUGAGGUUCCAAAGCCGAUCACAUCAGCAACACCAGAACCUGUCGCCCCUCACCCUCCAGUAGCGUUCCGGUUUAAAUUUGGAACGCACAUACCACCCCGUGGUAUUGUCUCUGGACGAACGCGGAACGCUGCAGAAGCAAAACUUAGCAGUAUUCCUAGGUUUGAUCAGCCAAAGUUCAAAGUUCCAGAAUAUGGUGGAAUGCAACUUGGAAUUCCAAAUCCCAGUACGUCUUAUACCGAAGCUCCCAGAACGGAGACAACAGUGUCGACUUCGGCAAAGUCUCAACCGGACCUCCGCAAUAACCAAGGCGUAGAUGCUUCUAAGUUGAAUGAAGAAAAGGUCACUGAAGAGCAGCAUCCAGGAACUGUGAAACCAGAUGCUGAAAACAGGAAGGCACCAACAGUCCCGGUUACCUUACUAACGACGUUGCACCCUGAAGAGCAGAAAUAUGUGAUACCUAGAUUUACCUCCCUCAGUUCACAUACAAACGGUUUUGAAGCCCCAAGGCUGACAACACCAAAUGUGCAGGGGCACGAGGCAACGACACCAGCGGCUCUAAAUUCCGGCACUGUUAAGCCCGAGUCUCCAGGACAAGUGACACGAAGUCCAACAGAUCAGGUGACAGGAGUAACAUUUCCAGCGACUGGUGUUUCCCAAUUUGAAGACCCAAGGACAACUACGUUAAAUACGGAUGCACAAAGAUAUGAAGCACCGGGAGUAACAACGCAGAAGUUGGACGUGCCCACGACUUUAGACCCUGACGUCCAAACAUACACUCCACCAGGUGCAACAACCUUCUACCCUAGUACUGAAUUUGAGCAGUCCACAGUGACAACACGAGGUCCCAGUGUCCCGUUGUACAAUGUUCCGCAGGAUAAGACACCUAACCCUGGCAUUCCUGGAACUACGACAGAAAAUACAGAGGAGCAAGGGUAUCUGGCACCACGGCUUGAGACACUAAACCCCGGUGUGCCGAAUGCUGUGCUGUCAACCGUAAACACCACGCAAGACACCAAGCCGCAGGUGACAGCAGUAAACUCUGGCACAUUGGAGCAGGGGGCACACAGAUCUACGACGCUAAACCCAGAAGGGCAAAGAUAUCACACACCAAGCCUAACCUUCAAUGCCAGACCAGGUACAGGCAGGGCAACGACGGUACACCCAGAUGUCCCGAAGACGGCGAUAAAUGGAGGAACACAGACGUACGACGGAACGAUAGCUACUCAAACUCCAGCCGUGCAUAAAUAUGAGGCACCCACAACAACAGAGACAAAUUUCAGAGAAGGGCCACGAGAUGUACAGACGGUAACAGCGGAAAGCCCAGGAGUACAAACAAAUAAGGCAUUAGGCUCAGCGACACCGGAAUUAACAGAGCAAAACCCAGAGCUGCAAGUUCGCAGGCUACCAAGCGCAAGACCUGUAGGACACUCGUUCUUCAGCCUUGGUGUACCAGCACCACAGGUCCCUAGAUUAUCUGCACUAGUUCCCAGAACACAUCGAUACUUCUUCAGGCCGGCAGUUCAGUUGGAGCCACCAAAGCAAGCGCCUCAACAAAGUGGGAUUCAAUACUCUGGAGGUUUCUUCAGUGAAAGGACUCCACAAACACACCUUAGAAUCCAACCGCCUGUGUACGAAGCUGAAUCUCCGAAACCCAAGACAGGACUCGAAGCAACAAACCUACACCAGCCCAACUUUGGCAUAUCUGGUACUAACGUGCCAGAAUCUCAAGAAGCCCCAGUUGAAACAACACUAGAUCGUGGGACGCCAGUAGCGAAUGGCCAAGAACUUCAUCGGCCAAACUUCCAAAUUUCAAAAGUCCCGACAUUUGGUUUUACAGAAGCACCAAUAACUGGGGUGGGAGUGCCACCUCUGCCAAGCUUCCCUAACGCUGGACCGAGAGAGGGCGUCUCAGACGUUGGCGGUACGCAGAUCGAAGUACCCACGCUCGAGACGCUGAAGGCCGAUGUGCCGAGGCCAAAGGAUAUUACUAAGCCUAACAACUCUUUACCCAAUGAUAACAAAGCAUUGCCUCUCCCCAGUGCUUCCAUAGGCUAUAUUCCUCUUCCAUCAUUUGCUGCUUCUCGAGCCAUAGUCCCGUUCAAAAAGUAACAGUUUUCUAGACACUAAUACGGUGUAGAUGCGGGCGAGCUGGUGGACAAACUGCGUCUUGCGAAACGCCGAGUGAUGGGCGACACGGAAAAGCAAACGCGUCACUUUUUGAGCCGCUGGGUCACAUUUGUUUUUCGUGCGUCUCCCAUUGCUCUGACUUUCUCGAGAAACAGUUUUCUAGCACUGCUAUUAUGUUAUCCAAAUUGUCAGCUCAUCGGGCAUCACCUUUCAUACCUGAGGACUGAAAUUAGCAGUUAUCAACGCAUUGAAAUUUAACAAACGCCACGGUGUCAGUCAAUUCUGAGUACAGAAAUGAACGCGAUAAACCGAAAUUCUUUUUCCCCUCUACUUAGUAAACGCAACCUUCAUGCAAGACAAUCACAAUUUGUGCAGUCAGUCAUUGUUCACGAAGUGUAUACCGUAUAGAGGUAGACUGCAAGUCAAAGAAACUUUGCGCCCACUUUCUUAAGUGUUUUUACAUGUGCCAUAUCCGUGUAUCAUCACAGUCCCUGUCAUUCAUAUUGUUGGUGUCCUGUCUCAGCAGCCUGCUGCUUUGAAGCAGCAAAAUUUGCAGUUCCUGCCAAUAUACUAGCUAAGCACAAUUACUAAACAAAGCCUGCCAAAAUCUUUAACACCACCACCUCGGUUCAUGUUUAGGGCCUGAAGUUUCCGGGAACUUUUUUUUUUCUACAUUCGGGAAGUAAAAAUCUGGUACAUAAACAUGCGCUCUAAAUUCAUCCAAAUUCGGGUGGAAAAAACUUUCAGUACGCUAAAUUCGGGUGGAAAUUGGGCUCAGUUACUCAAACUAACUGAACCCGUUCGGUACAAAUGGUGAUGUAACUGCGUCUGCUGCCAAACGAGUUAUUGUGCAUGCCUACAGACGUCUCAGUGAGGGCGAUUUGCCGGGUAAAAAUCGGGUUUCACCCUAAAGAUGCAACCUUCAAUUCGGGGUACAAACCCUAAAACUUCAGGCUCUAUUCAUGUCCAACAACAUGAAGUGGUUAAUGCCACACUCCUCAGUGUGUUGGUUGUGCAUGCAGACCAAUUGUUGACUAUGACCUGCGAUACUAACAUGUAUGCAGUGGCAAGAGGACAGUGCCUGUAUGAGUGAGGCAUGACAAAUGCUACAGAAAUGUUACAUGGUGGCAUGCAUACCAUCUCAUAUUCUUCAGUUUGCAAGACCGUACACAGAGGAGAAGUGUGGUGGUUAAUCUUAUACGAAAACACGCAAAAAUUUCAUCUGUACCCUGCCACUGUGUCAUCCAGCCUUUAGGGAUUUGUAUUCUUUACACUCUAAUACACAAACUAGUGUCAUUAGAUUAACCGUGUCACUUGCACGACGCUUUUCAUCCGAAGAAAACUGAGUAAGGCAAUGCGCGGACGAAAGACACGAGUCGUUCCGCGCGCUGCUCCGCAGCAGCAGUCUGCUGAUCUACCAAUCGCCCUGUAAAUCAUGUUUCACUGCAAAUACGUGUCAUCAGAUCAUCGAGGAACGUACACAAUGUCAGUCUCACUAACCGACUGACCGAUCAGUAUUACUUGUCCCGUCCUACACGGUGGUGGUCUGUCCUGUCUCUGUCACUUGACUGUCUGCCCAAUAAAGUGCAUGCGAUUGGUCUCUA